AAUUGUUUCAAAUUCAAAAUUUUUCACAAAAAAAAUGAGCUCAGGGGAACAACAACUCUUAGUAAAACGCGCUUAAAAAAUUAUUCUCACAAAAAAUAUAGUUUUUAUUUAAUCAUACUAAUUAAAUCGCUAUUAAUCACGUUUAAAACUAUUGAAAUCACUAGUUAACCACUCAAUACAUAAGAAAAAAGUGGAAUAAUUAUAAGCUUAUUUGGAUUAUAGGCUGAAAAUUGAAAAAUAAAAAAUGCAGCAAUAACCAAACAAAACAUAAACAAACCGCAAAAAUACAGAAAAAUCACACAAAACGUUAAUUAAACAAUUUUAAGAUGAUGUCUGCAGCCAAUGUUGGUGCAAGUACAAUCGUCAAAGUACUUGGCGAUACAUCAAUUAAAGAGGAUUUGAGAUUAAAGGCAGCACAGGAGUUGGCUGAAACAUUUGAGAGUAAUGUUAAUAGUACCGGCUAUCCAGCUUUCCUCGAAAUGACUAUGAAAACGUUCCUGAAAGUGUUACAGGAAGGCGAAUGUCACUUCUUUUCCGAUUUUAAUAUUCAACAGAUGAGAAAGCUGAUCCUGGAAAUGAUCCAUCGACUGCCUGUCUCGGAAACAGUUAGACCUUACGUGAAGAGCAUACUGACAUUAAUGUUAAAACUAUUAAAAACUGACAAUGAAGAUAAUGUGCUGGUUUGUCUAAGAAUUAUUAUUGAUCUUCACAAGCAGUACAGACCAACGUUCCAGCCCGAAAUCCAGCACUUCAUUGCCUAUGUACGAAACAUAUAUUCAGAUUUGCCAAAGAAUUUAAACAAGAUUUUCGAACCUCGUGAACAAAUCAGAGUUAAGGAUCUAAAGGAAGUGAAUUUAGAGACAUUAUUGUCUGAGAUCUAUUCAUCCACAACAAUUUAUGUCGAGAAGCAGGAAGUAGAAGGAAAGGUUGGAGCAAAUACAUUUACACUUCUUCCAAAAGGCAUAAAUUCACUUAAAGUUCUGCAAGAAUUGCCAAUCAUUCUAGUUCUUAUGUAUCAAAUUUAUAAGCAGCACGUCCAUCAAGAAAUAGUCGAGUUUGUUCCGCUCAUAAUGGCCACAAUAUCACUACAGCCAUCGCCAGUUCAUCGAGCAAUGCCAAAUUUUAAUCGUGAGAUUUUUGUGGACUUUAUGAGUGCUCAGAUCAAAGCACUUUCCUUCUUGGCUUAUAUCGUCCGAACAUUUUUGUCGCAGUUUCAAGAAGUUAUCAACAAUCAUUCAAAUCAGAUGGUCGAGGGAAUGAUUUCACUUCUACGAUUGUGUCCAAUGGAAGUUGCAAGUACAAGAAAGGAACUGCUGGUCGCAACGAGACAUAUUUUAGCAACAGAUUUGAGAAAUAAAUUCAUCAGUUCGAUUGACUUGCUGUUUGAUGAAGAUUUAUUGCUCGGUCGUGGAUGUUAUAGUAAUGAAUCAUUAAAACCUUUGGCAUACUCUACAUUAGCAGAUUUAAUUCAUCAUGUACGUCAGCAUCUAAAAUUAGAUAUUCUCACAAAGGCUGUCUACUUAUUUUCGAAAAAUGUCCAUGAUGAAUCAUUGCCAACAUCAAUACAGACCAUGUCAUGUAAAUUACUAUUAAAUCUUGUUGACUGCAUAAGAAUUCAAAGAAAUGACGACUCAUUUCCAUCACCAACACCUCGAGAACUACUUAUGACAAUGCUUAAAGUAUUUACACUUAAAUUCCAUACAAUCGCAAAGCUUCAACUUCCUUUAAUCAUGCAAAAAUGGAAGAAUAUAAGCAAUCAAACAAAUGCACCGACACCUGUUGAUGUGAAUAAAGAAAUGGUUAAUAUAGACGUAUCACCUGAAAGUUUGACUAAAUUAACAUCGAUUGGAUUCUCGCAGGCAAACACACUUAAUGUCUGUGAAUAUAAAAGUUUAGUGAAAACCUUAAUUUGCGGUGUCAAGACAAUCACAUUUGGAAUCAACUUGACUGAUAAUGCACAGCAGAAAAUGCCAGUUACAUUCCAAUCUGAGGAAGUUUUAAUCUUUAUUGAUCUCUUUAAAUGGGCAUUAGAAGCUCUGGAUAUUUACAUGAUUAAUAUCCCAAUUCCUGGAGCUGCACCGACAGUCCAACAAAAAAAUCUCACACAGCUACCAAGAUCUAAAGAUGAAAAAGAAUUGCUUGAACAUUUUAGUGGCUUGUUCCUUACAAUGUCACCACAGAACUUUCAGGAAAUAUUCUCGUCCACAAUUGACUUUAUGGUUGAUCGAAUUUCACAAAAUAUUGCUCUUCAAGUCAUUGCUAAUUCCUUUUUGGCAUCACCAACUACAUCUCCAUUAUUUGCUACAGUAUUGAUUGAAUAUCUGCUCGAAAGAAUGGAUGAAAUGGGAUCUAAUAUUGAAAGAUCAAAUCUUUAUUUGAGACUGUUUAAAUUGGUCUUUGGAAGUGUCUCACUAUUUGCGAAUCAGAAUGAACAAAUGUUGCGUCCACACCUGCAUAAUAUCGUUAAUAGAUCAAUGGAACUAGCUAUGAGUGCUAAAGAGCCAUACAAUUACUUCCUCUUACUUAGAGCUUUAUUCAGAUCAAUUGGCGGUGGAAGUCAUGAUAAACUUUAUAAAGAAUUCUUGCCUUUACUUCCAAAUUUACUUGAAGGAUUAAAUAGAUUACAAAGUGGAUAUCAUAAGCAGCACAUGAAGGAUUUGUUCGUUGAAUUAUGUCUUACAGUUCCUGUUCGAUUGUCUUCAUUAUUGCCAUACCUGCCAAUGCUUAUGGAUCCUUUAGUUUCAGCAUUAAAUGGAUCUCCAACACUUGUUAAUCAAGGAUUAAGAACAUUGGAAUUAUGUGUUGACAAUCUACAGCCAGACUUUCUUUAUGAUCACAUUCAGCCAGUAAGAGCGGAAUUAAUGCAAGCUUUAUGGAAGACAUUAAGGAAUACAGACACAGCAGCACUUGUGGCAUUUAGAGUUUUGGGUAAAUUUGGAGGUGGAAAUAGAAAAAUGAUGAUUGAGCCUCAACGAAUAGAAUACAAUAGUUGUAGCACUAAGGAAGUCAGUUCAACAGCAAUUGUUGCGUAUUUCCAAGAACAACGCAAGCCAAUUGAUUUUCCAGUUGAUAAAGUCAUUGAGACUGCAUUUAAUGCAUUAAAAACGUCAUCAACUGAUCCUUAUUAUUGGGCACAAAGUUGGGAAGUCAUUCGAUGCUUCUUGGCUGCUUCAAUUUGUUUAACGGACGAAAAGCAUAUCCUGCAGAAAUUAUUCACUCAUCCUAGCUUUACGGAAGGAAAUGUUCCUAAUAUUAACAUCACAUCAUCUCAUUUCCACGAUAGUCAUGCUCGAAAGACUCAUCAAAUCGCAUUGACUGCAAUGUUUGUUGCUGCUGCGACCAAGGAAUUAAGACAAUCAGUUUUACCAGUAUUUGUGGAUGUGGUUCGUCACUACACUAUGGUUGCUAUUGCUCAACAAGCUGGACCAUUCCCAUUAAAGCACAAUCAACAGUUUAACAACAUUGAUCCUCUAGUGUUGAUUGAUGCAUUAGCCGCAAUUAUGGGGCAUGAAGAGAAGGAACUAUGCAAAGCAGCAAAUUUUGCAAUGAUUCUAAUUAUUAGAACAGCAACAACAAUUAUGGGAUCAAAGGAAAGAGCUUGUCGUUUAGCAAUGAUGCAAUAUUUGGCUGAAAAGAUGUCAAAUUUAUGCUAUGAACGACCUUGGUAUGCAAAGUUAGGCGGUGUCAUUGCCCUUAAAUUUUUGUGUGAACAUAUGUCAAUGAGAUGGCUUUUCCAGCAUUUAUACACAUUUCUUAAAGCUUAUCUCUUCGUUAUUAUGGAUUUAACUGGUGAAGUUUCAAGUGGAGCUAUUUCAUUGGCAAGAGAAUAUUUAGCAAAUAUGCUUAAUAUUUGUAUGGUGCCAUUAAAUGACAGCAAUAAUGAUGAAUUAAUCGCUUUGCAACGAAAGGCAAUGUUUGAUGUUACACAUGAAUUGGUACGAAGAAUUACAUCUCCUCAUACUUUAGUUCGUGAAACUGCAAUGGAUUCGCUCAAACAAAUUGCUACUCUUCAAAAAGUAUCAGUCACUGAAGUUAUGAUGCCACACAAAGAAUCCCUUGAAGACAUUGUGCCACCAAAGAAGCAUCUACUAAAACAUCAGCCAGCAGGUGCUCAAAUUGGAUUAAUGGAUGCAUUUUCAUUUACUUCAAUGGAACCAAAACUAUUCACACUCGAUAUUAACAUUGUUACUCAUAAGUUAUUCUUCCAUGAAGUUAUUACACUAGCUGAAGUCGAUGAUGUAUUUUUGAGUAAAUUAGACUGCUUUAAGAACAUCAACAACUUGAUACCAUUAAGAAAGAGUGCAUUGAGAGCACUUGCAAGUUGUCAUUAUCUUGGUCAAGAUAGGAAAAAUGUUAAGGAAAAGAUUUUUACAAUUUUGUAUAAAAAUUUGGAGAAAAAUUCAGAACUACAAGAGACAGCAUUUGAAUGCAUGCAGAAAUUUAACCUUGGCAGCUCAGCUGAAAAGGAAUUUUUGUUGCAUAAUUUAAGACCUCUUUUGUUGGCACUUGGAGAUUAUAAGAAUUUGACAAUUAAUAUUGUCAAGAGGUUGUCAUACUUAACACAACUAUUUCCAGCUAUGUUUAAUGAAAAAUUAUGUGACCAACUUUUUGAGAUCAUCAAGAAAAUGCUGGAAGUGUCAAAAACAGCUAAUAAGAAUCAAAACUUCCUUAAAGUAUCAAAAACUGGUGAAAUGGAAGUGAAAAUAGCCACAAUAAUUGAAAUUUUCCAUCAAAUCCCUGCUGCUUCUUCGAAGUUCGCACCACUUUUAAUCAGUGCUGUUCUUAAAGCUGAAAAAGAAUUAAUGAUUGAGCCAUCAAGUCCAUAUAGAGCUCCAUUAGUGAAGUUCCUUAAGAGAUAUCCAGAAGAAACAAUCGAGAUAUUCUUGCAUGAAAGCAAUGUCAAGAAUCCACAAUAUAAUCGGUUCCUAAUUUACUUGCUAAAGCACAAAGAUGGAGUUGCAUUCCAAAUAAUUCUGCAAAACAAGGAAUAUAGACUUGUUGAAUUAAUUUUGAAGGAGAAAUCAUCAGAAUAUACAACAGACGACGAAACAGCGGCACAACAUCAAUCAAUAUUAAUCAUCUACACAUUAAUUGACAUGAAUGAGAAGUGGAUUGAUGCACAAGUGAAUAUUAUUAAUGCACUGACAUUAAUUUGGACGAGAGAAUUGGGAAGUUCGGGAACUAGUGAGCAUAUCACUUGUGACUUGUGGCAUUUAGUUGGAAAAAUCUUGCUAAAAUAUUUCGAGUCAAAUAACAGCAACAUUAAGCUACUUUACGAGCUUUUGAAGGCAUUCUGUAUGCGAUUUAUUCCAGAUUUUCAAUUCCUUCGAGAUUUCAUUCAGAAUAAAGUCUGUCAAACGUAUAAUGUCGAGUGGAUGAGAAAUGCUUUCUUCCUGUAUGUGAAAUUCCAUAAAGAUCCAAUGAUAUCUGUUGAUUUAAAGGUCAAAAUCUUAUCGAUGAUAAUAAUUCCUGGAUUUGCAAUAUGUUUUGAUAAAGGACAAGGCGAGGAACUAAUCUGCUCAUCAGCUAUAUCCAGCAGUCAACAAUCACAAGAUGAAGACGAUAAUAUUGUCAGUGUAUACAUCAAUAAAGUAAUUGAUCCAGAAAAGUCAAUUGAGGACGAUGAUGAUGCAUUAAGAAUUGCAUUAUUGCAGCUUGCAUGUUUAUUAGUUGAGAGAAGUUCAGCACAUAUUCAUGACGGUUCAGGAACGAGUACAAAUAAGAAAGAAGGAAGUAAAUUAAGACGAUUGAUGACAUUUGCAUGGCCUUGCUUAUUGGCAAAGAAUUAUGUAGAUCCAUCAGCUCGUUAUCAUGGACAUUUAUUGCUUGCUCAUAUUAUCUCCAAAUUAGCAAUAAAUAAGCGAAUUGUCCUGCAAGUUUUCCAUUCCUUACUUAAAGCCCAUGCUGUUGAUGCUAGAAGUUUAGUGAGACAAGCUUUAGAAAUUAUAACACCAGCAUUACCGUUCAGAAUGGAUGAUGGGAAUCAAAUGUUGACACAUUGGACAAGAAAAAUAAUUUUAGAGGAAGGACAUUCAAUGCAGCAAUUAAAUCACAUUUUACAACUUAUUGUGAGACAUUAUAAAGUUUAUUAUCCAGUCAGGCAUCAAUUAGUACAGCAAAUGAUAUCGUCAAUGAAUCGUCUUGGAUUUUCACCAAAUAGUUCAGUUGAUUAUCGAAAAUUGGCAGUAGAACUAGCAGAAGUUGUCAUUAAAUGGGAAUUACAAAGGAUUAAAGAAGAAACUGAUGGACCUAGUGAUGAAGAUCCACUGCUUGUUACUGAAAAGACAGGAACAAAUGGAAGUGUUAAGAGAUCAAUUCAGGAAGAUGAAAGUCGAAAGAAAAUAAAUACAGGAGAUGCAGCUGGCCCAUCUACAGCAGCAGUUACACCCACACAAAGAAAUGAAGACUAUUUUAGGCCAAUUGAACGAAUCCAUUGUGAUGCUGUUCUUAAUUUCCUGUUCCGUUUAGCAUGUCAAUUGGGUGAUAUUCAGCCACAAAUUCCUGGAAUUCAAUCCCCUAGCGAAGGACUUUCAAGACGAUGUGUGACACUGAUUAAACGUGUUUUAGAUCCAAAUGUGUGGCUUCAUAGCUGUGACAUGAAACUUCAAUGGCUUGAUAAAAUCUUUAUAUCAAUUUCUACGGAACCGACACAAGCAAAUAUUGGAAAUAUUUGUACUGGAUUAGAACUUUUGACUUAUCUUCUCGGCUGUAUGAGACGAGAUCAAUUGCUUGCCAUAUUCAGACCAUUACAAAGAGGACUUUCUGUCUGUGUCACUAAUCAUAAUGUUAAAAUCAUUAAAAUGAUGCACGCGUUAUUGACGAAAUUAAUGUCUAUCUUUCCACCAGACCAUAAACAUAAUACUGAAGAUCAUUUGGAUCAACUUUAUGCUACAAUAAGUAAAACAAUUUGUGAUGGAUUGUCACAAUUUGAAAAAAAUCCAAAAGCUAAUCCAAGUUCACUUUAUGGAACGUUGAUGAUAUUGAAAGCAGCUUGUUCAAAUAAUCAGUCUUACAUUGAUCGGUUAAUUGUGCCAUUUAUGCAUAUUCUUGAUAGAUUAAAGAAAGAACAUAUUGGUCCAGUUACUCAACCUCCACAGCCACCGACAACUCAACCAGUAACAGCUACAACUCCACAACCAGCUGCACAAGGCGCUUCAAACUUAACAAAUACUGAAAUCACGCUAGAUCUUUUAAUUCUAUCAUUGGAUCUUGUUAAGAAUCGUGUGAUCGUGAUGGGAGUUGAUUUAAGAAAAAUGUUUAUUGGAACCAUUCUUGUUGGACUAAUUGAGAAGUCUACAGACCCAAAAGUCAUUCGAGCAAUAAUAAAAAUGAUUGAGGAAUGGAUGAAGAAUAAAAACACACCAGUAACAGUUUUACAGGCACCAACAUUGAGGGAAAAAUCGAUUCUACUUGUUAAAUUGAUGCAUUAUGUCGAGAAAAGAUUUUCUGACGAUGCAGAACUUAAUGCACAAUUUUUGGAGCUUGUCAAUUUCAUUUAUCGUGAUGAUCAAUUGAAAGUCAGCGAGCUUACAGCUAAAUUGGAGCAGGCAUUUUUGGCUGGUCUAAGAUGCUCACAGCCACACAUUAGAAGUAAAUUCUUUGAAGUAUUUGACGGCUCUAUGAGACGUAAAUUACAUGAUCGACUGCUAUACAUUGUAUGUUCACAUUCGUGGGAUUCAAUUCAGCAUCAUUAUUGGAUUAAACAAUGCAUUGAACUGCUUCUAUUGACCACAAACACGACACAUUCACAAAUUAAAAAUUCUAAUGAGACUCAUCUGUUGCCGAGCAUCACUUCCGUUAUAAAUCUCGCUGAUUCAGAAGAAAAGAAUAAUUUUGUGAUUUAUACAUCGCUUCAGCCUGAACAGCAUGACAUGAAUGUAAGUGAGGACAAAGAAGAUGCAAUUGACAUGGAAAUGAAUGUUGACAAUAAUAUUUCAAAACGUGAGGAAAGCGAACGUCCAAUGGAGAAUCGUAUUGCUGUUUUAUGCAAAUUACUUAAUAGACAGUCUGAAUUUUUGGAUGCAUCGCGUAAAGUUAAGACAGAACAAUUUUUAAUAGCCAGUUCGCAACUUUGUCAUAUGGAUACACCACUUGCUGAAUCAGUUUGGCUUAAUGUGUUCCCUAAACUAUGGUCUAUCCUGGAAGAUGGACAACAACAUGCUUUAGAUCGAGAAUUUGUUCCAUUCUUAUCGUCCGGAACUCAUGUAAUACAGAAAGAUUGCAAUCCAAGUGCUAUAAAUACGUUUGUAGAAGCCUUGUCGCAAUGUCAACCGCCAAUUUAUAUUCCACCAAGUCUCAUGACAUAUUUGGGUAAAUCACACAAUUUGUGGCACCGAAUGACACUUUUGCUCGAAAAUAUGGCACUUGAUUGGCCUAAUAAGAAGGAUGCAGUCGUUAGUCAAGAUUAUCGUAGCGAGUACGAUUUUGAUGUUGAGCUGCAGAAUGAAAUUGCCAAUUCUAAUAACAGCGAUACAGUGUCAGCAGUAUUAGAGCCACUAUCACAGAUGUAUUCAGCAUUAUAUGAAGAAGAUUUAUGGGCUGGAUUAUGGCAAAAGCAUGCAAAAUAUGCUGAGACAAACGCAGCAAUAUUUUAUGAGCAAAUGGGUCAUUUUGAGGAAGCACAAAAGCUCUAUGAAACAGCAAUGACAAAAUUCAAGCAAGAAGCACAAACUGGAAAUAUUGCAGCAGAUUUAAAUAGUGAAUUGCUUUUAUGGGAAAAUCAUUGGAUACGCUGCACAAAGGAGUUAAAUGAAUGGAAUAUUUUAUUGGAUUAUGGACAAUCUAAUAAAGACAAGCAUGCAUUCUUGAUUAUGGACAGUGCAUGGAGAGUUCCUGAUUGGAAUUUGAUGAAACAAGCAUUAUUGAAGGUCGAACAGACAAGUCCAAAGCAAAUGGGACAUAAAGUGAGUUUGUAUCGAGGAUAUUUAGCUAUUUUGAAUCAGGAAGAUACACAGCAUAUUCCAUCAGUUGAAAAGUAUGUCGAAAUAUCCUCAGCACUUUGUAUGCGCGAAUGGAGACGGCUACCAAAAGUUGUGUCUCACAUUCACUUGCCAAUAUUACAGUCAGCACAACAAAUUAUGGAACUUCAAGAAGCAAGCCAAGUUCAUCAGCAGCCAUUGAAAAUUCCUGAUAUUAAGGCUGUUGUUAAGACAUGGAGGAAUCGAUUACCAGUUAUAUCUGAUGAUUUAUCACACUGGAGUGACAUUUUCACUUGGCGUCAACAUCAUUAUCAAAUAAUUACUGACAAUAUGGCAAAUUGUGAUUUAGGUCCACAUGCUUCAGCUCAGACAAUCAUACAGUUCGGAAAGAUAGCAAGAAAACAAAACUUGUCGUCAGUUUGUCAUAAUUUAUUGUCAAGAAUCCACACAAUCCCAACAGUUCCAGUUAUUGACUGUUUCCAAAAGAUUAGACAGGAAGUCAAGUGCUUUGUCCAAAUGUCUGCAAAUACACAAGAUCAAAGCUCAUUAUCUGAAGCACUAGAAGUGAUUGAGACAACAAACAUAAAAUAUUUCAAGCCAGAACUUGUUGCUGAAAUUUAUGCAUUAAAAGGCAAUUUAUUGAAACAAAUGUCGAGAAUGGAUGAAGCUAAUAAGGCAUUCAGUGUUGCUGUCCAAUUAUCUGAUGUGCUGCCAUCUGCGUGGGGUAUGUGGGGUAAUUAUUUGGAAGCUAAUUUUUCGAAAGAUCCAAAAAAUACAACAUUAGGAAUUUCUGCAAUGAUUUGCUUCCUUCAUGCCUGCAGACAACAAAAUGAGUCAAAGACAAGGAAAUAUUUCUCAAAAAUAAUUUGGUUAUUGACUUAUGAAGAGAAACGAGCGGAAAUGCUGGAAAUGGUUGAUAAAUAUGGAUCAACAAUUCCACCAAUACAGUGGCUUCCUUGGGUUCCACAGCUCCUUAAUUGUCUGAUUCAGUAUGAAGGCGAACAUAUUAUGAACUUAUUGAGUAAUAUUGCAAGGAACUUUCCCCAAGCUGUCUAUUUUCCAAUUCGAACUCUUUAUUUGAUGCUUAAAAUUGAACAGCGUGAAAGAUACAAGAGUGUAGAACAGGCAUUAGCUAAGAAUCAGCAACAACAGCAACAAAGUGAUUCAUCAGAUCAAGCGAGUAGCUCCACAGCACCGCCACCAAUCUCGACUCAAAUAAGCUCACAAUCUAUACAAAUUAAAGCUAGUCCACCGAUGUAUAGAUGCUCAAAAAUAAUGCACAUGCAGCGUGACAUCCAUCCAACAACUUUAUCAUCUCUAGAGGGAAUUGUCGAUCAAAUGGUUUGGUUCCGUGAAAAUUGGUAUGAAGAAGUAUUAAGGCAAUUAAAACAAGGAUUGGCUAAAUGUUAUGGAAUCGCAUUCGACAAUCGUGGUGCUGUAAAUGAAGCAACAAUCACGCCGCAUACUUUAAAUUUCGUGAGGAAACUUGUAUCUACUUUUGGUAUUGGCAUUGAAAAUAUCUCAAACAAUACAAAUAUUAUGGCUGGUUCUUCAGCUUCCGAGUCACUUGCACGACGAGCACAAGCUACUGUCCAAGAUCCAGUAUUCCAAAAAUUAAAGGGACAAUUCACGAGUGACUUUGACUUUUCACAGCCUGACGCAACAAAAAUGCAAAAUUUAAUAACAAAAUUGAAGAUUUGGAUCAAAAUUUUAGAUGUUAAGACUAAGCAGCUCCCUAAAUCCUUCUUAAUUGAAGAAAAAUGUCGAUUCCUCUCGAAUUUCAACCAAAAGACAGCAGAAGUGGAUUUACCAGGUGAACUUUUACUUCCAAGACAUUCUCAUUAUCAUGUCAAAAUCGCAAAGUUCAUGCCACGAGUUGAAAUUGUUCAGAAGCACAACACGUCUGCUAGAAGAUUGUUUAUUCAAGGAACUAAUGGAAAGAUUUAUCCAUACUUAGUCGUUAAUGACUCAGGACUUGCGGAUGCAAGACGAGAAGAAAGAGUCCUUCAACUACUUCGAAUGCUCAAUAGCUACUUGGUCAAGUACAAAGAAACAAGCAAAAGAUUCUUACAUAUUACGGUACCAAGAGUUGUAGCUGUUUCCCCACAAAUGCGUCUAGUUGAGGAUGAUCCAUCGUCAAUAUCUUUGCUAGAUGUUUUAAAGAAUUAUUGCUCAAGAUUGAAUAUUGAGUAUGAUGCACCAAUUACUAGAUAUUAUGAACGAUUAGCGGAAGUACAGCAGCGUGGAUCACAGACAACUCAUGUCACAUUAAGGGAUAUUUUCAAGGAAAUUCAAAUUAAUAUGGUUCCAAAAACCGUCCUUAAAGAUUGGUCCUCCAAGACAUUUGUAUCAGCUACUGAUUAUUGGACAUUCCGUAAAAUGUUUACAUUACAGCUUUCAUUGUGGUCUAUUGUGGAAUACGCUUUUCAUUUGACACGCUUAAAUCCUGACAUGCUGUAUUUGCAUCAAGAUUCAGGAUUAAUUAAUGUUUCAUACUUUAAAUUUGACUUGGACGAUAUUAAUGGAGAAAUGAACUCAAUACGACCAGUUCCAUUCCGACUCACACCGAAUAUUGCAGAAUUUAUUACUAAUAUGGGAAUAUUAGGUCCAUUGACAGCAUCUAUUAUGGCAACAGCUCGAUGCUUCUCACAACCUAAUUAUCAGAUCCCAUCGAUCCUCAAGACAAUAUUAGCUGACGAAAUAAUCACGAUUCAUCGAAAGCACAUCAUUAAUACAAAGCCAAUUGACCCAAAUGAGGACCUUUCGCAGGAUAAAACAUUCAGUGAAAUAAAUAUUGAUAAUGUCAUACAGACAGUCAAUAAAAGUGUCAGUCAAAUUUCGGAACGACUUAACUUACUAUCAAAUUAUGACUAUAAUGAUGGAAAUAAGAUGGCACAACUAAUUCAGCUUGCCCGUAAUCCUGACUAUCUUUGUAGAAUGGACCCUAUUUGGUUCCCAUGGUUUUAAGAAACUUUAAAUACGUUUAUUAGGUUUAGCUUUGAAUAUUUUUUCUUUGAGUUUGUAAUGGAUUUUAAGUUUCUUUUUAGAGUAACCUGAUUGAUAUUUCAAUAAAAAUUUCAUUAAUAAUUAAAAUUGACAAUUUAGGAAAAAAAAGUUGUUUUAAAUAUGUUGCAAAU